UUAGCGCAAACUUUGAGAUAUGCGAGAGCUGGCAGCCCUCCAAAGUCUCAAAGGGACUACAACGGGAGAGGAUAUUUUUGACAAAGUGUGCCAAACCAUGGAGAAGUUGGACCUGGACUGGUCAAAGCUAGCUAGCAUCACGACUGACGGGGCUCCUAGCAUGGUGGGCGAAACUCGCGGUCUAAUAGGACGCAUGAACCGGGAGUUGGAAAAAAGGGGUCUCACCGCCCCGCUACGAGUCCACUGCCUAAUUCACCAGCAAGCACUGUGCUGCAAAGUGUUGAAGUGGGAUUCUGUAAUGAAGGUUGUGGUGUCGUGCAUAAACUUCAUCAGAGCAAAGGGACUUAAACACAGGCAGUUCCAAGAAUUCCUGUCUGAACUGGAGUCUACGCACGGAGAUGUGCUGUACUACACAGAGGUCCGAUGGCUGAGCCCGGGCAGAGUUUUGAGGCGUUUUUAUGAACUCCUACCCGAAAUUAACGCAUUUCUUCAUUUAAAAGACAAAACGGUCCUAGAGCUGAUCGACUUAACAGACGUGACAGAAAUACUUAACAGCCUUAACUUGCAGCUACAAGGCGAGGGGAAACUCAUUUGCGACAUGUAUUCACACAUAAAAGCAUUUGAGGUGAAAUUAGCGCUGCUUUUGGAACAAGUGAAAAAGCGCAACUUCGUCCAUCUUCCUGCUACCCAAAACCUGUCGACAGAGAACCCAGCGGUCCCGUUCCCAACUGAAAAGUGCGUGGAAGCACUGGAAAUGCUGAAGGCGGAGUUUGGUGUGCGAUUCAGUGAACUACAUGUUCAUGCAAAAGAAAUCCGUCUUUUUCAGAACCCCUUUGUUGCCGACAUUGAUGAAGCCCAGCCUUCAUAUCAGUUUGAGUUGGCUGAGUUACAGAACUGUGAUGUUCUGAAAGACGCAUUCAAGCCCAACAGUCUCAUUGACUUCUAUGCCGCCCUCCCAAACGACACAUAUCCAAACAUCAAAAAACACGCAAUGAAAAUGUCCACAGUUUUUGGCAGCACGUAUAUCUGCGAGAAAACCUUUUCUCGCAUGAAACUGCUGAAAACCCCGAUGAGAUCAAGAUUGACAGAUGAACAUUUGCAUCAGUGCUUGAGACUGAAUGGAACCUGAUAUUCAACUUCUCACCAGCCAGAUGCAGGCCCACAGUUCACACUGAUGAACAUACAUAGGGAAGUUGAUGAGAGAGAGCUGCAAACAGCGGUGUCUACAAGCCUACUGGAACCUACAAAAGGAUUAUAAGGAAGGAACACAAGAACUUUAAGAGACUGCUCAUAUGUGUCAGAGAGAUUCUGCUCUGACAACUGAGCUGAACUUUUAUCUGUUAAGAUUGUGCAUGGCACGACAGAAAGUUAAUGUUCCAUGGCUUUUUUUUCUAUGAAGAACCCAGAGAGAGUUAUUUAGUUAUUAUUUAUUUCCUGUUUUUUCUGUGAAGAACUCAGAGAGGGUUAUUUAGUUAUUAUUUAUUUCAUUAAUAGUGUUAUUAUUUGUUUCCUGACUUUUUUUCUGUAAAGAACCUGGAAAGGGUUAUUUGGUUAUGUGUGGCUUUCUGGAAAACAAUAAAUUUUUUAAGCUCCCCUACGAUCGUCACACUUUUUCUGUUACAAACUGACACCGGCCCCCCAUCAGAGAAGGGAAAAGUUAUGUGGCCCUCACAGGAAAAAGUUUGGGGACC